UAUCCAUUCCCGGAUACUGCUCCUCGAGCAAACCUUCAUUUAGUCCCUACCGCCAUUCGACGUUAAACGAUGCCUCCAGUACCUGCACAAGUCGAUCGACGCCGGGUGAUAUGCUACCACCAGACACUCUGUCCGGACCGCGGCCAAUAUGUGUCCGCCCUGCCGCUAGUGCACAAUAACACGGGCAUCACGCACAUCAUCAUCGCUGCCUUCCACUUGAAUGCCGAACCGGGCCACAUCACGCUCAACGAUGAUCCUCCCCAUCAUAGCAUGUACGAUGAGAUGUGGGCGGAGGUGCCUCUCUUGAAACAGCGUGGGGUGCGCGUCAUGGGAAUGCUAGGAGGAGCCGCUCCAGGCUCCUUCCAGUGUCUGGACGGCGAUCAGGAGACAUUCGAACGUUAUUACUUGCCUCUCCUGGCCAUGAUUCAGCACCACCGGCUAGAUGGUGUGGAUUUGGAUGUGGAGGAACAUAUGUCGCUUGCCGGUAUUAUUAGACUUAUUGAUCGGCUCAAGUUGGACCUGGGAGACGGCUUCAUCAUUACAUUGGCUCCGGUCGCUGCGGCCCUUUUAGGGAUUGGUAAUCUUUCGGGAUUUGACUACAGAGAGCUUGAGCGGCAGCGAGCAUCGAAGAUUAGUUGGUACAACACGCAGUUUUACAACGGUUGGGGGCCAGCAGAUGACCCCCGUAUGUAUGAGGCGAUUGUCGCGCAAGGAUGGUCACCACAACGCGUUGUAUAUGGACUGUUGACGAAUCCCGGCAAUGGGUCGCAGGGCUACGUUCCGCGAGAGAUUAUCGGGCCUAUACUAGGCCAGCUGGUUGAGCAAUUCCCCAACUUCGGCGGCGUUAUGGGCUGGGAGUACUUCAACUCUAAGCCGGGGGAACGUGAGAAGCCAUGGCAAUGGGCGGCAGAGAUGUCGCUGAGCAUGCAUAUGAAGGAUGUAGUCGUGGCGACACAACAACUUCUGUCUGGACCGAUGACCAGCAGUUUGAUGAACGUUCUCCGAGACAUGAUGAACCAACGACGGUAAUUAUGCGUCGUAAGGCGAAAAUAUAUAAUCCCUGAAUGUAUCUCUGGCUCUUUUUGUCCCUUCAAAUACUGCAGAUUUGUAUAAUCCGUAGGUAUGUAUAUAAUUUAACAUUAUUGUCGUAUGAAGGAGUACUUCAGGCCAAUAAUGUAGAUCCAUGUCGUCAUACCGCCA